GUUCAGCAUGAUGCUACAUAUGACGCCACAGAAGCAGCCGCAAACAAUGUACACUUGGGACCAGCACUACAUCAACGAAGUGAGAGCACUGUCAAGCUCCAGAGGUCGCGAAAUGCCGCGCAGGAUAGAGCGAGCUUCAAUGCCGGUCCGCCCAUGCCCUCGCACGGAGCUGUUGACACUUCGACAGGAAGUACGAAGGAUGCGUCGAGAAGCUGAGCAAGUGGCGAAGCUCAAAGUGCAAGUGGAGACGUUGAAGGCUAAUCUCCGACAUGUUCUGGACAAGAAUCGGCAGAUGUCGGACUUGAUUGAGGAACAACGGCGAAACGUAGAGGCUGUUGAUCAUCGGGAGGAGGCAGCACAAGCUCGUCGCUCCCAGCUGGACUGUGCCAGGCAGCUGUUUCGUGCUAUGCUUGACGGCCCUGGUCAAGAGAACGCACCGCCAAACAGCGCACUUUGCACAGCCGGUUAAGCCAAUGAUUCUGCCAAUGUGAAACCGCUCAAAGAGAGCGUCAAAACCAAAAAAAACCGUGGCUCGGAGGAUC